UGCUCUGUAACCUGAGAACACGUCAGACAGAGAACACGUUUGAUUCAAGACGGCUGGAAUAUGGAUUGUAAUGUAACAGCUGUGGUGCCGUUGUCUGUGGCGUUGUUGAUCUCUAUAUGCCUCAAUAUCAUCUUUUGCAUCAAACGACGAGCUGCUUUGUGCAGAGAUGCAGAGGGGUCCUGCUACCCACACACAUCUGAAGGAGAAACCCUGUCACACAAUGAAGGGCAUUAUUUUCAUGACCUUAAUCAUGAAGAUCACAGGGAAAAUCCCCACAAUCACAAUCAUCAUGAGCAACAGGAAAAUCCAAUCUAUGGCAACAUCAGCACAGACAGAAGAGGUUCUGCAGAGGACUGCUAUGAGAUGAUGACCACGCAACGCACAAGAGACUGUAAGAAGCCUUCCCAGGCUGACCUGAAUUAUGCCUCACUGGAUCUGAAGACAGCAAAGAAACGGAGGAAGAAGCAUCGCCACCAGGAAGGCCAGUCGCAGGGACGAAACAAGUUCCCAGAGCAGCUGUCAGUCCACCACACACCUCCUCUGAAUACAUUUUUGGAGGUGGAUGCAGACAUGGAUGCUCAUCUUCCUUCCAGAGACACCAGCACCAUGGUGUCACACAGCAGCAUCUACCUGAACAGUCAACAAAUAGCCCAACAGACGGAGGAAAUGGAAAGAGAGAAAAGUCUGACCCUGGAAAGGGAGAACGCUGGUUGGAGUAGUAUACGCAGGUGUGAGCAUGACGGAAAUCAGCAGAGUGAAGAAAUAAAUGAUGAGCAACAGUGUGGCAAUGGAAAUGUAUGUGCAGAGCUUUCAGAGGUAGAAACCAUUCAGAGCUGCACGGAUCCUUUUGUUAGCAACUUUAGCCAGGAUGGUCACCAGCACGGUUAGGCAAAUGUCACAUUUUCCUAUCUCAAACUGUUUUGAACUGAAAUCUAGGCCACCUGAAAAAAUAUUUUUUUAAAAACUACUGUCUAUUACUACAGCUGGAAAAUGAAACUACGUUAUUGUCAAUAUUCAAACUGCUUGCAGAGUUGUGCAAUUUCCUCUCUGAUGCAGACAAGAUGAGCUCUCCUCAUUGAGCAACAGAGGAACAAAAGUGUACCUUUU